AUGAACUUUGAAGAGAACAUUGCAACAUAUUUCGGGUCAACGCAAUAUCCUCAAUGGAGCGUAAUGGGAAUUUUGCAGUAUUUGGCCGAGUAUAUGGAUUACACAAGCAAUAGCAAAGAAGAAAUCAGCAAAGUUCUCGCAAAACAUCUGCUUCAUAUAUCUGUUGGCAUUAAUUUCAAGAAAUCUGCAAAGAAUAAGGCUAAGAAGCUUUAUGCAGCAUUGGAUACAACAUUAUCUCGUGCAGAGAUAAUACAAUUCUUUGAUGAGCAAGAUGUUAGGUUCUACAAGAAACUUUACAAGAUCAAUGUUGAAAAGAGUGUAAUCAAGGACAAAAUAUUUGUUGUAAAAGCAGAGAGCACAAGGUUUUUUGGCAAAUCAGAGCCUGUAAUUGAGUCAAAUAAUCACCCAACAGUUCCUGAAGAACUCAAUCUGCAAGUCCUUGAGAAGGAUAAUGAUAUAGUUUUGGAUGACAAUAGUGAUGAGUUUGAAGAUGAUGACUAG